CCUGCUUUCUUUUUGCAUCCUCUCCCCGAAACCAAAUUCCCCACCUCUGGCCAAUUUGCAUCUCCCUCCUUGUCGCUCUCUGCUACCGCCGUGCAAUCGCUGGCUGAUCUACAUCCCCCCACAACCAACGCCGGCUUCUCCGGUCAACUACACCCACACAAACUCGUGUUCCCCCAGACAACCAAACACAUCCCGAGUGCAGCACGACAAACCUCGCACCACCAAUUCUCACAAUGCCGGCCUUUCGCCAGCACUUGGACGCCGUCGCGGCGCAAAUAGACAGAAUAGCUCCCCGUGACGCCAUCCUCACGCCCCGGCAGCCUCUCGUGGACGCGCCUGCAAUCGCCUUCGAUGCGCCCAACGCAGCACUACUGGCCAAGCGGCAGAACGUGAUAUAUACACAACAAGGCAUAAUACCUACCUACUACGAUCUCUCUGGGCCAGAGCCUGGCACCGUUGUCGGUAUUGUCCUUGGUAGUGUUGCUGGCUUUCUCCUCAUAUGUUGGUUGCUGCAAACACUCGUCAAUGGCUCGCGAUCGGCCGGCACCACGACCGCAAUGGCUGGAGAGGAGGAAAUUGUAGUGCGCAGACCGCGGCGCAACUCACAUGGUGGUCGGUCAUCACGCCGCCGCUCCGAAGUACGCGAAGUUAGUAGGAGCCCGCGGACGUCCGGCGCCCGGUCGCAGAUCAUUGUCGAAGAGAGACGGCAGCCAGUAAGGGCAAGGAGCAUCGUUGUUGAAGACAGACAUCGCGUGCCUGGCGAUAAUGUAGUCGAGGUCAUCGAAGAACACGAGGAUUAUCGUGAGCGAAGAGGAAGCCGAAGAAGUGGCCCUGGCUAUCGAUAAGCCGAUACUAGCUAGCAUGCCUUGCUUUCUCCCUUGCCUAGAUAUAACCUCCUACCACGGAUUGUAUCAUAUGCAAUCGCCUCCUUCCGACACACCACUAAUACCCAGCAAAUACGUCUUUUCAUUUCGCUCUUCUUACUCUCAUAUCCCUCGGUCAGUUGUUGCUGGGUUCUUUCUGGUCUUAUACCAUAAUACGGCCAUUCUCCUGGCUUUAGGCGUUUUGGUAGCAAGGUCGGCAUGUAGUGCAUAACGAGUUUGGAAUGACGAGGUAUAUAUGAGCCACGCGUUACGUUUAGUCAUGUACGUCUCUAGUUUGGAUGCUUUGAGAAAAGACAGUCGAAUUCACUCCAUGUUUGUAAUUGUAUAGUCGGCGAUGCGCAAACAAACAUCCGAACAUCACACGUGAACACGAUUCCAGACAUGCUAAAACAGC